AUGCUGGAUGGGUGUGAAACACUUGUGUGAUUGUUAAUCUAUGGAUUUGUUAUUUUUGAUGUGGAACAGUUAACUAUCCAAUAGUAAACAUAAUAGAACUCCUAAAGAGAGGUUUUUCUGGGAUGAACUUGCAGAACAAUUUGGAAAUCAAAUCAGUAAAGUUUUAUAAUAAAUUGAUUUAUAAUUAUAAUUCGCUUAUUCCUAAAUAAGUAGAUAUUACUAACUUUUUAGAUGGUUUAAAAGCGAAAAACAUGUAUAAUACAAGGAUUUAUCUUUCAAUCUUAUUUUUAUUUUUAGCUGUUCCCAUAUGCAUUGGAUACAACUGUUCUAUUCCUCCUAUUUUAAGAGGGGCUUGGUUUUCUUGGGAAUUAGGAAGAAACACCCUAACAGAAUUAGAUGCCACAUCUAUGACAAACAGAGGAACAUGCGUGGAUAUUAAAAGUGAAUUUCAUGUAAAUUACACUUUAGUUUUUCGGAAAGAAUCUUGUUUCACUUGUGUUAAGUUUCUUGUUAGGACAGUAAAUGUUUUGGAAAAAAUUGAAACUUCAUGCAUCAAUCUUCCCGACCAUGAAGCUACAGUUGAAAGAGUCUGUAAAAAUCUUGAUCCUUAUCAACAGUUGAUUACUCUAUUUUCUGAAAAUCCAAUAGCUGUGAAUUGUCGUUCUUCAUUGGAGGGUGUUUGGAAUUUUGCAUACCAAAAUCGUUUCAAAUUUACCGGGGAAUGUUACAAUCCAGAAGCACAUAUAAGAUCAUGUCAAACUCCAGGUUCUCAAUUUUUGAUAACUAAUCAGAAAUUCAAUAUUACUUAUAAAAAAUGUGAAGGUAUGACCGGAACGUUUGAUGGAGUUGUUGAAUAUGGAUGCUUGGGAGAUUGGUUUGUUGGAAAAAAUCACUUCUUUGCUGUUGUAAAUACCAAAGAAUCCCGAAAAGAUGAAAAGUAUAGGUGUUUCCUCAAAAAUAGAGAUGAUGACUUGUACAUUGGUGUCUCCAUUACUGCUGAAUGUAAUACCUUGAAAACUGUUGAAAAAAGUCCGGAAAGGCUACAUAUUAAACCAGUUAAAUCUGAAAUAGUAGAACCUGGAUGUAGACUACCUCAGAAUUUCUCUGGAGAAUGGAUAAACACUGCAAAUAUUGAUGCUGACAUUUUUAUCAAUGAAACCCACAUUAUUGAAACUUGGUAUCCUGAUGAAGGAAGAUACAGAAGAACCAUUUAUGUCUGUAGAGAACAGAGAGAUACAAGAGUUAUGAUGGCACGAUUAACAGUUGAUGGAUGCCAAAAGGAUUUCAUUUGUUUUGAUUUUGUACCCCAACACCACAAUAUAAUCCGUUAUAGAAGAGGAAUAGCAGUGAUUAAAGAUGAUUUCAGUACAGUAUGCUCGUGGGUUCAGUUCCAGAAUAAAGCUAAAUGGAAGUAUGAUCUAUAUUUAAAGAAAAAUCCCACACCUAUUAAAUGUCCGGUAGCUGGUAAAUUCAAUUUUACACAAAAAGGAGAUGUGCCCUUUGAAACAAGAAUUUUGGGUGGUGUAACAUUGAGCCCUCGUCCAAAUAUCUAUUGUAAACAGAAUAUAUCCGAUUUUUCCGUUUGUGAUACAGAACAAAAAGAAAUAGCAAUUGACGAAAACUAUUGCUUAUCUGUAGAUCAUUUGGGCAGGCCAGUUGAUAUUUACAGUGAUCCGGAUUACAGAAUGAAAUGUAUUGGCUUUUGGAAGGAAAAUUUGAAAUCAUAUUUAGUUACAUAUGAUGAACUCGAUCCAUUUUCCAAGUAUCGUUGUUGGGUAUAUCAAAGAGCAGAUUUAAAUAGGGUUUUAAUGUCUCAAGCAAUUGGACCUUUUUGCGAUUUAAAUCAAGAUGUUUAUUCGUGGAAUUAUACACAAGGCGCUUCAGUAGCUUUGGAAAUGCAGGAGUAUGAAAGAGAACGUGACCAGUGCCCCAUGUACUUUGACGAUGGUUCAAAUCCUUGGUUACAUACUGACACCGAAAUCCAAGUUUUCAACUUUGGAUAUUUUAGAAGUAACUCAAACUCCUUGAAAAUGAAUUUGCCCGCGCUAUUCUUUUCAGUUUAUUUCUCUCUAAUUAUAAGAUACUCUUAAUCUAGAGCAUAUUUGAAAAUAGUUAUUCAGUGUUAAGUGACAAAAGUAAAACGUAAAUUUAUUAUAUAUCUUGAAUAUAUGUGCUUAAAAUGAUACUUACUUUUUAAAUAUGCUCUAGUUACUUUUAUUAUUAUUUUACUAGAGAUUAAAUAUCAUCGAAAGUGCCUAAAACUAAUUGUUAGGUAAAUAUGUAUACUUUUGAUACUAAAAAAAUUUAUACUUAAUAAGAGUAACAAAGUGACAAACAAAUGAAACUAAGAUAAAGUCUAAAUAGAUUUACAUGAUACAAUUAUUGCAGUAAAACUUUUAACUACACCUACGCUUCUUUCCAUUUGGAUUCGUCUCCACCUCCUUUAUCUUUUUAUGUUAUCAUUCCACCACAUUUGAAGUCUUCCAUGGUUUAUGUUUUGUUCCCAAGGUGUCUGUUGAAGUAUUUGACUAUUCGAUAUGGUGCCGUAUUUUGUAGUCACUCUGCUAUGGAUCUCUUAACUUCUUAACGAUCAUUUGCGCACUUUAAUUUUUAUGAGGUUCCAAGUUUUGACUCAAUAGGGAAGGACUGAUAGGACACAAUCAAUAAAAACGUUUUCAGUGGUAUACUCCAAUAUAAUUAUUUUUAUCCUCUAUAUUUUCUAUUCUACUUAAAAUAAUUAUAAUAGUUAUGUGGGUAUAACUGAAAAAGUUUUUAAUUUUUGAUCUUGUUUUGGGAUCAGUAAUAUUUUGGCCAGUAACUUUUAAAUAAAAUAGUUUUGAACGUGUAAGUAUUAUAUAUUUUCAAGCUAGUCAUACAUUUGGCAUAAUAAACUUACACUAGUAGAUAUCAUUGAAUUUGGGAAAGCAGGAAUGUCUACAGACAGAAUUAAGUUAACAUUCUGCUCUAUUUUUCAGUUGUUAUCUACUUGUAAUAGAUUUUGCAGUUGUUACUAUGAAUCGUCCGUCUCCUUAUGGUUCUCAUAAAAAAGGAAAUUGCAUAAAACAAUAUGGUUGGUAAAAAAAAUUUUUUUUCGUUUCUCUUAUACCCUUUCACUUUCUUCAUGCAAUAUCUCAUUAAAUUUAUGUCCCUAGUAAGUAUUGCUAUUGCUAAUAUAUCUUGCAGUUACCAUAAAUAUUGCCAUACAAUGCACAGAUAAGACGGUGAACAUACUUCUUUUUUCCUUUUUGUAUCGUAUUAUUGUAUCUAGUAGUUUUUCUUUAACUGAUUUUACCAUCUUGUAUAUUAUCCUUUUCCUUCUUGAAUUUUCCUAUGUGCCCCUAAAAUUACGGUAUAGACUUUAAUGAAGUUUGUGUUAAGCAUCGUAAUUUGUUAUCCUUUUUUCAAUACAGGUAUUACAUUUUUUCUUAAUAUUUCGGAAUCUUUUGUCUUUCCCAUGUAUCUUUACAUAUUUCCCACAGUCAUUUACUUCUUUCUUUAGUGUCUGUUUUAUCAUUUGCGAAAUUAUUUCACCCACUGAAGCCUUUCCCAUUUUAUUUUUUAUUUGUAACUAACUAAAUGGCUUAUUUUAACAAAUUAAUGAAUUAAGGAAUCCAAUUCCACUCUUUGUUAGGAAAUAAUCCUUUGGCUGUGUGGUAAUAUUGUAAAUCUGCUUAUACUUUGUAAUCAGGCAUAUUAUAAAACUUAAAUAUUACAUGUUGGAAUAAUUUUAUGGAUAAAAAUUAUGGAAAAGUAUAUUAAGUACUUUGCUUGUCCAAGAAUGCCAAUAUCUGUACAAAUAAGUAACAAAAGUGAAAUAUUUGUCACUUGAAAUGUUUGAAUCUAAAAUUUAAAUAUGGUUAUUUAUGAUGUGAGUGUUGAAAGUGAUGUUUUAUUUUUGUGAGUGGAAAAGUUUAUGAAUUGAGUUGAACGAAUUGAACUAUUCCACGUACACAAUUUCACUUUUAACACAAAUAUUCUAUAUUUUUUGUAUAACUGCUCUAUUAGGCUAUGUAAGAAAACAGCCGAUCUACGUCAAAGUAGCGGCCGUGGGGUAAGAAUUGAUUGUCUCAUAUAGUGAAAGUUUUUUGUUUCAUGAUGUUAAGAGGACUCCAUAUUUUUUAGAUAUGUUUUAGUGAAACUAAUACUGCUUAAACUUUUUUUUUUCAAAUUAGUAGUACGCUGUAGUAAUUUACAAAAUUUAGCACACUUGUACUAAUUUAGUGCUUGAAUUACAGGAGUUUUUUGACAUUAAUUUCUGCUGUUACAUUCAAACAUGUCUAGGGUGUAAAGUGAUAACCCAAUGGCAGCUGAAACAUAUUAGGACAAACUUUGCUUUAGGUAGAGUUAACCUAUUUUCAUUUGAUGUAAAAAACUUCAUUCAGAAUCCUAUUAAUUUUCAAUAAGUUUCCAAUAUACUUUCGAUUCAGAUUAUAUUUAUCGCUUGCCUACACUGAGCACGACACUGGAUAGUGAAAAAGAACCGACAAAGCCACUUUUUGAAAGGAAAUUUCGCACUUUUUAAGAAGCAAUUUCGUAUUAAAACUUGAAAUCAUAAGGUAUAAAAUCGAUCAAUUAAGUUCACAAACCACACAAAAUUUUAUGACCAAAAAGGUAUGUUUACCCCACGGUGGCUGAUUUUGACAAUUCGUUACAUUGCUAAAUUUUGAUAAUAAAAUAGUCGAAUUUGCAAUGACAUUAAACUUCAAAAUACAUUUAGAUAUUCAAAUAAUCACAAUACUGUGUUAAAAAUAUUUUUAACACACUUCCACGUAAAUAAUCAUUUUUAAAACUGUUGGUAGUUGUACAAAAAUAUAUUUUUAUUGUAAAUCGGUUUAUACAGUGUACUCAUCAAGUAAUAUAACAAGUUGAUAAUUCAGUUUUCGGUAAUUUAAAAAAAACAAAUAUUUGAUACAGAAGUUUCAGUUGAAAAUAUAUUCUUUAGUUUUAUACUCAUGUUCACUACACAGGGUGGUCGAUUUUUCGGAAUUAUGUGUUUAAAUAGCGGCAUUUAUACGUUUAAAUGCUUACUUUCCCUAAUUAUCUUUGAAACGUUAUAUGACUUUUUGAGUACUCUGUAAUAAUGUCUAAACAUGAUCAUCUUAACUUGUUUUUAAAAAUAGAAUCUACUCUAGUCUGAAUUUUAUAAACAUUUUAGAGCCUUUUUUUAUAUUUUACUAUAAAUCAAUUUUUAUUGUAAACUGAAUCUCUAUGACUGUUAUUUAUAUUUUGAUGUAUUUUUUUGUAUUUUAUAGAUAAUUAUUACAAAAUCGUGGCCUAUGAUGAGAUUGUUUACUUUUAAGUUCAAACUUGUUCUAUUGCCGUCCAUUUUUAAAUUUUUAUAAAUAAUUUUUAUAUAUAAUAAAAUUUGGUAUAAAUGAUG